AUGGCGCACCGGGGACCCCCGCGCGCCCCGAAGGGCCCCGGCCCCGCCGCCCGAGCCCCUAGCCCCCGGGGGCCGCCGCCGCCGUGCUCGCCGCGCUCGCGGCCGCUCCUGCUGCUGCUGCUGCUGCUGGCCGCCUGCGGGGCGGCGGGGCGCUCCCCCGAAUCCUGGCGCCUGGGUCCCCGCGCCCGGCUGACCCGGGCGCCGCCAAGCCCGCCUGCGGGGCGCGCGCUGCCCGGCGGCGGCGAGGACCGGCAGGCGCGUGGCGCGGAGCCCGGCGCCCCGGGUCCCGGUCCGGCUCCAGGUCCCGGCGAGGACGGCGCCCCCGCCGCGGGCCAGGAGCGCUGGGCACGGGCGGCGCCGGUGGCCGGAGCGGCUUCGCGAGCGCAGGUCUCACUCAUCAGCACGUCGUUCGUGCUCAAGGGGGACGCGACGCACAACCAGGCGAUGGUGCACUGGACGGGCGAGAACAGCAGCGUGAUCUUGAUCCUGACGAAGUAUUACCAUGCAGACAUGGGGAAGGUUCUGGAAAGUUCUCUGUGGCGGUCAUCGGACUUCGGGACAACCUACACCAAGCUUACCCUUCAGCCUGGCGUCACUACCGUCAUCGACAACUUCUACAUCUGCCCGACCAACAAGAGAAAGAUCAUCCUCGUGAGCGCCUCCCUCAGCGACCGGGACCACAGCCUGUUCCUCAGCACGGACGAGGGCGCCACCUUCCAGAAGCAGGUCAUCCCCUUCUCCGUGGAGACGUUCAUCUUCCACCCCCGGGUGGAAGACAAGGUCCUGGCCUACACCCGGGAGGGCAAGCUCUACGUAUCGUCUGACCUGGGGAAGAAGUGGACUCUUCUGCAGGAGCGAGUGACCAAAGACCACGUGUUCUGGGCUGUCUCUGGGGUGGACGCUGACCCUGACGUGGUCCACGUGGAGGCCCAGGAGCUCGGAGGAGGUUUUCGGUACGUCACCUGCCAGAUCCACAAUUGCUCCGAUAAGACACUGACAGUGCCGUUCGCAGGCCCCAUUGACCACAGUUCCCUGACCGUGCAGGACGAUUACAUCUUCGUUAAGGCAACCUCAACAAACCAGACCAAAUACUACAUCUCUUAUCGUCGCAAUGAAUUUGUCCUGAUGAAGCUGCCGAAGUAUGCGUUGCCAAAGGAUCUGCAGGUCAUCAGCACAGACGAGAGCCAGGUGUUCGUGGCCGUGCAGGAGUGGUACCAGACCGACACCUACAACCUCUACCAGUCGGACCCGCGCGGCGUGCGCUACUCGCUGGUGCUGGGGGACGUGCGCAGCUCGCGGCAGGCGGAGGAGAGCGUGGUCAUCGACAUCCUCGAGGUCCGAGGGGUGAAAGGAGUCUUUCUGGCGAACCAAAAAGUUGACGGCAAGGUGGUGACGCUUAUAACCUACAGCAAGGGCCGAGACUGGGAUUACCUGAGGCCUCCCAGCACGGACAUGAAUGGGAAACCAACCAACUGCAAGCCUCCGGACUGCCACCUGCACCUGCACCUGCGCUGGGCAGACAACCCCUACGUGUCAGGCACUGUGCACACCAAGGACACCGCCCCCGGCCUCAUCAUGGGCGCAGGUAACCUGGGCUCCCAGCUGGUGGAAUAUAAAGAAGAAAUGUACAUCACAUCAGACUGUGGGCACACCUGGAGGCAGGUAUUUGAGGAGGAACAUCACAUCCUCUACCUGGACCACGGCGGUGUGAUCGUGGCCAUCAAGGACACCUCCAUCCCCUUGAAAAUCCUCAAGUUCAGUGUGGACGAGGGCCUCACCUGGAGCACGCAUAAUUUCACCAGCACCUCCGUGUUUGUGGACGGGCUGCUGAGUGAGCCGGGGGACGAGACGCUGGUCAUGACCGUCUUCGGCCACAUCAGCUUCCGCUCGGACUGGGAGCUGGUCAAGGUGGACUUCCGGCCCUGGUUCUCCAGGCAGUGCAGCGAGGAGGACUACAGCUCCUGGGACCUCACCAACCUGCAGGGCGACCGCUGCGUCCUGGGCCAGCAGAGGAGUUUCCGGAGGAGGAAGCCUACGUCCUGGUGCAUCAAGGGUCGGAGCUUCACGGCGGCGCUCACGGCCCGCGUGUGCCAGUGCCGCGACUCGGACUUCCUCUGUGACUACGGAUUUGAGCGCACCCCCUCCUCCGAGUCCGACGCCAACAAGUGCUUUGCCAACUUCUGGUUUAACCCCCUGUCCCCCCCAGACGACUGUGUCCUGGGCCAGACCUACACCAGCAGUCUCGGGUACCGGAAGGUGGUGUCCAACGUGUGCGAGGGUGGCGUGGACCCGCGGCAGAGCCCGGCGCAGCUGCAGUGCCCCCUCCUGCCGCCGCGGGGCCUGCACGUCAGCAUCCGCGGCGAGGCGGUGGCCGUGCGGCCGGGGGAGGACGUGCUGUUCGUGGUACAGCAGGAACAGGGCGAUGUCCUGACCACCAAGUACCAGGUGGACCUGGGGGACGGCUUCAAGGCCAUGUACAUGAACCUCACGUUGGCCGGGGAGCCCAUCCGGCACCGCUAUGAGAACCCUGGUGUCUACCGCGUGUCCGUCAGGGCGGAGAACAUGGCAGGACACGACGAAGCAGUGCUGUUUGUCCAGGUCAACUCCCCCCUGCAGGCCCUCUACCUCGAAGUGGUUCCUGUCAUUGGCAUCAACCAGGAGGUGACCCUCACAGCUGUGCUGCUGCCCCUGAACCCCAACCUCACCGUCUUCUACUGGUGGAUUGGUCACAGCCUGCAGCCCCUGCUGUCCCUGGAGAACUCUGUGACAACGCGGUUUGGGGACACAGGGGACGUGCGCGUGACGGUGCAGGCUGCCUGCGGGACCUCUGUGCUGCAGGACUCCAAGGUGGUCCGCGUGCUGGAUCAAUUUCAGGUCAUGCCUCUGCAGUUUUCCAAGGACCUGGACGCUCACAACCCCAACACCCCCGAGUGGAGGGAGGACAUUGGCCUCGUGGUGUCCCGGCUCCUCUCCAAGGAGACCAGCAUCCCCGAGGAGCUGCUGGUGACCGUUGUAAAGUCAGGGCUGCCCACCUUGGCUGACCUGCACGUGCUCCUGCCCCCUCCCACGCCCACGAGGAAGAGGAGCCUCACAAGUGACAAGAGGCUCAUGGCCAUCCAGCAGGUGCUGAACGCACAGAAGAUCAGCUUCCUCCUGCGUGGUGGGGUCCGGGUCCUGGUGGCCAUGAGGGACGUGGACACAGGUUCUCCAAGCCUGGGAGGAGGUGGCGGCUACUGGGCGGUGGCAGUGCUCAUCCUCAUCGGGCUGUUCGCGGUGGGAGCCUUCAUCCUCUACAAGUUCAAAAGGAAACGCCCCGGCAGGACCGUGUACGCCCAGAUGCACAACGAGAAGGAGCAGGAAAUGACGAGCCCCGUGAGCCACAGCCAGGACGUGCAGAGCGCCAUCCCGGGUGAGGAGUUUAUAGAUGAUGAGCUCCACUCACAGACUCUAGGGAAUCACUCCGGCGUGGUCCUGAGCGUCAACUCCCGAGAGAUGCACAGCUACCUGGUGGGCUGAUGCCGCUGGAGGCCGCGCCCAGAGCUCUCUCCUCUCCGCCGCUUCAUCCCCCGUGGAGGGCACAGGACCACACGUGCCACCGGCACGGGGCUGGGACCGGCGUCCCCUCAGAGACCUCGGAAAAGCCUCCUCCUCCAGCUGUGUCCACGCAAGGCGACAGAUGCGCCUCUGUCCAGCUCAAGCCCGCCCAGCCCACGGCCGCCCAGGAGACCCGCCAGCUCCCGCCCCCCCCGGACACCAGGCCACGUGCCGCCCGCUGCGCCGCCUGCCCCCCCCCAGACUCUGGGCACUUCUCUGGACCUCACACGGCCGCCCUGGCUGCCCACGGCUGGUCACCGCAGCCGGGCCUGACUUCUCGGGGCCGAGGCUGGUCCCCCUGAGGCUGGGAGAGGCCGGGCUCUCAGCACCGCAGACCCGCCCCAUCACCUGUGCCGCGGGCUCCCGUCCCAGCAGAGGGACAGCGGAGCCCUGCUUCCUUCCUCAUAACCUCCAGGAAAGCAGCUCCCACCCACAGGGCCGUCCCUCUGCAGGGGUGUCCACCGCCCCCUCCAGAAUCCAGAAAGCCAGUGGUAGGCCCUCCCAAUACCGCCUUCCACACCUCCCGCUGUCCUUCCUCUUUUUAAACUGCAGAUAAUGUAAAUACCUCUCUAGGUAGCUGUUUGCAUUUUGUGGGGGGAGGGGGGGUGUUCAACUUCCUAUUCUUAUUGCCAGGCAGUAGCCCCAUUCUCGGGAACCCCUUUUCCAGAAUGCCCAGGGAUGCUUCUCUGCCCCUUCUGGCAGCCUUCUCUCCUGGGGCCCACAAGGCCAAGGCUCUCCCUGGCUUCCCCCCUGCCCCCCCCCUCGCCCCAGCCCCCCACAGGGUCCUAGGGAUCCAGCGCCUGCACUUCCGAAGGAAGCCAGCAGGCGGCGCCCUCGCACGGGGUUCCCGCCUGCGGGAUCCCGUCUUAGUGGCCGCGGUGGGAACGGCCUCUAGAUGCCCAGAGUGUUCUGUGCUUCCUCAUAGCUUGAGGGACGCACGUAGAAACCGGGAACCAGGAGGGGUUUCGAAUGGCAGAGCCCGAAGGGCCGCCAAGUAGUGUGUGCCUCGUUUUGAAGAUGGAGAAACUGAGGCCCAGAGAGGGAGUGACUUUCCCAAGGUCACACAGCAAGACGGCAGCAGAGGUGCCCAGGAGCCAGCCCCCUGCUGCCCGUGCAGUGUGAUUCCACUCACUCACAGACGCCUAGAAUCAGGGACACUAGGGAUAUAUGGGGGCAGAUUUUCACCUUUUGCCUUGAAACUGGAAAUCAGUAUCCCCUCCCCAUCCUCUCCCUCCUCCCCCUCCCCCCACGCCAGGCUGGGCUCUCAGGCGGCCGGGGCCUUCCCCUCAGAGGUGGGGACACCAGAGCCCAGGCUAGGAACUCCCUGGCCGUGGGAAGUCCGGAAUGAAGCCUGGGGGGCAUUAGCCCACUUGCCCAGAAAAGAAACGUGGCCUGCGGGAGGGGAUGCAUUCUCACACCCAGAACACGUGGGGGGCCCUGAAUCCUUGUGGAGUGGGGGACCCCUGGAGUCCAGCUCCUUGUGUCACAAACGGGGACUCAGACCACCCGAAACCAACUCAGAAGGGGUCACUGCACGUCACGGGGCAGGCGACGGUGGCGUCCCUCUCCCCACCCUGCCGGCCCACCGCCUGGAGCUCCUGGCCCAGACCCGCAGAGCUCGCCCUGCAAGCCAUCCUCAAGACCCUCCUCGGGGCAGGGCUGGGGCAGCGGACCCCAGGCUGGAGCUGGGGGGCUGUGUGGGAGAGGCUGGGCUCUCUGGGACUUCUGCCUCCCCACAGCCUGCCCGAGGUCGCCAAAGACGGCUUAGGAACCCUGUGUCUCGCUGUCCACCCGCACCCGGCCCGUCCUGUGAGUGUCAGAACCAGGGUCAGACAUGAGUCAGCACUGUCCAGGUCCAAGGUCAAGGUCAGCAAGGACACAGCCCCCAGCUCAGCAGUGCCUGCGGGCGACGACCCCUUUGCCCUUCAUUGACCCUCAGCUUCAUUCUCUCUGUUGGGGUAGGGUUUUCGCUUUCGCUAUUUGUGUUUUUCAUGUAUUUUAUGUCAUUAUUUCUAUUAAGAGCAUUUUGGGUGUGUGGACCCAAGAACCUGGGAAUAAGUCGGCACCUAUAACCUGAUACUUUCCCAUCCUCAUAAUCAUAUCGAUCAACACAUAGGUCUAUGGAUUUAUCUGGUUCUACAUUUGAGGUUCUGUGUAUUUGGUGUACAGGUACACGCAGGCACCUGGGAAUAAUGGGCUGGGCUUGGGCAGCUAACGUUUCAUUCAACCGGGUUGAGCCCAUACUUCGUAUAUGCACAUAACAGAGAUGCGAUCGAUUCUUUCUUAUUUUUCCUUUUUAAAAAACAAUAAAUCAUUUGUGAUGCUUUUAACAAAGAUUAAAUGAAUACGAUCAGCGUUUGCCUUAUUA